GCGACUUUCGGAAACAUUUUUGUAAACCCUCGAGAUUCUUUUUUUUUAUAAAACUUGUCAUUUUUAUAACGCCGCAGUCAUUACCCGUUUGCAUCAAAGAUGCGGACACAAAAACCUUUCCAAGUUGAUGAACAAAUAUGAAUACAAGAAGAGUUAAAUGAUGCAAGAAUUGGACGAAAUAGCAAUAGUUGGAGUGGGAUGUAAGUUCCCGGGGGCCAGGAACCUCAAGGAGUACUGGCGGGUGUUGAGUAAUGGAGAAAACCACGUGAAGGAAGUACCUCGGGACAGGUGGAACAUCGAUGCCUACUAUGACCCCGACCCCAAUGCUCCUGGAAAGAUGUAUGUCCGAACUGCGGGCUUCGUCGAUGGCAUAGAUGAAUGGGACCAUCGCUUCUAUGGCAUAAAUGAUAUGGAAGCAGAGCUCGUGGACCCACAACAACGCAUGGUACUCGACUGCGUUCACAUGGCAUUUGAAGAUGCUGGUAUAACACGGAAAGAUGUUGAGGGCUCAAACACAGGUGUUUACAUAGGAUGCAUGACUGAUGACUACAAAGGCCAUGUCCUGGACGAUACAACAGUUAGCAGUACCUACUCCGUGACCGGAACACACAAUAGCAUCAUCAGUGCACGUGUCUCCUAUGUUUAUAAUCUCACCGGACCUGCUAUGACCUUAGAUACAGCGUGUUCUUCAUCUCUUGUUGCAAUCAAAAUAGCAUCAGAAGCGUUGCUAUUAGAUACUUGCGAUAUUGCAAUAUGUGGCGGAGUGAAUGUUCUACUAGAUCCACAACUGUUUAUUGCAUUGUCGAAGGCUAGAAUGCUCUCCCCUGAUGGACAAUGUAAAACGUUUACCGCAGAGGCAAAUGGCUAUGCUAGGGGUGAAGGAUGUGGCAUUGUCGUAUUGAAGAAAGUAUCAAAGGCACUGCAAGAUGGAAACAAGAUAUGGGCAACUAUUACAGCAGGUUCAAAUCAAGAUGGCCGAAAUGCUUCUCCCAUUACAGCACCAUCUGGGCAGCAACAAGAAAAGUUAAUGGAAACUAUGUAUAGAAAACAUGAUAUAGACAGAUCCAUCAUAUCAGUUAUUGAAGCACAUGGUACAGGCACCGCCAUCGGUGAUCCAACCGAGGUGAAAGCCUUGGGAAACCACUUUGGUACAGUAUCCGGGGCACGGGAUAUAUUUAUUGGUUCUGUGAAAACAAACAUUGGCCAUUUGGAGGCGGCCGCUGGAGUGGCAGGUUUGAUCAAAGUACUUUUGAUGAUGAAGCAUGAUACAAUUGUACCGUCAUUGUGGUAUACAAAAGCUAAUGAAAAUCCGAAACUGUCUUUGUCAAAACAUGGUUUCAAUGUUCCAACUACGUGCACCCCAUGGAUAAAAACAAACGGUUUAGAAAGGGUUGCAUGUGUCAAUAGUUUCGGCUUUGGAGGCACUAACGCACACGCUAUUGUAAAAGAAUUUGUCAAUGUUGAUAGAAACAACCACGGGGAGCAAACAGCCAUACCAUAUUUUGUGGCAGUUUCUGCUUUAGAUGCCGUAUCUCUGCGCGAUAAUAUCCGUCAUUUGGCGGAGAAUCUUAAGUCCACAAAAUACAACAUUGCAUCUUUGUCUUGUACAUCAACGUGCAGAAGGGAUCAUCAUCCUUUCAGGAAGGUAUUUCAAGUACACUCGCAGGGGGAUCUAGUCACAAAAUGCGAGAACGUUUUGUCUAGGAAAGAAGAAACUCCAACAGCUACCGCCAAAAAUAAAAUAGUGUUUGUAUUCUGUGGAGUUGGAACAACCUGGCGUGGAAUGUGCAAGUCCCUGUUAGAUAUCGAAAUAUUUCACAAUACGAUACGCGAAAUCGACGGCCAUCUGGAACUACUCACAGGCUGGUCGAUAGAAGAGACGUUUGCCAACUCAAGUGAUAUAAACACAGAUCCAGUUGUAUCGCACAUCGCAAUAUUUUGUUGUCAAGUUGGACUCGCAACUCUUUGGAAAGGACUUGGAGUGACACCAGAGGCUGUAGUAGGCCAGUCAGUAGGGGAAGUUGCCGCAGCGUAUAUAGCAGGCUAUGUAGACUUAAAGACAGCGGUCCAUAUAAUAUAUUUUAGGUCCAUAGCACUUAGCAGUGUGAAGCGGGGAACAAUGGCAGUUGUACGAAACAUUCCGACAGAGACGGUCAAGAAGUAUUGUGCGACAAGCAACGAAAAGGUGUGCGUAGCCGUCAUUAAUAGUCCAGUGUCUUGUACUAUUUCCGGUGACGAAGAUGCCAUCCAUAAUCUUACAAAACGUCUUGAUAGUAUACCUGAUACAACUCCAGUAAUAACAAAGCUCGAUGUCGGUUGUGCCUACCAUAGUCCUCUUGUCGUGGAUGCUGCAAAUCAACUAAAAGCGAAAUUAGAACAUAUCCAGAGCAAACGUGGGGUUAUACCAAUGUGUUCAUCUGUAACUGGAAAAUCUGAAACGAAUGGACUUCUUUCCACGGCAGAGUACUGGGAGAAAAAUGUGAAAUAUCCAGUUUUGUUUGAUGAUGCUGUCAGAAACUCUACAACACAUAAGGGCCAUAAUAUAUUUCUUGAAAUUGGACCACAUCCUGUUUUGAGAGCACAUGUCAAGAAUAUAUUACCAAAUGAAACAAAAUACACAGUACUGCCAUCCAUGAAGAAGGAAGAUGACAUGAAUACGCUCGCAGAUUCAAUCUGUAAAUUAUUCGAAGUUGGAGCAAAUAUUACUUGGGAAUUAUUACUUCCCUGCAGAGGCCUACCAACAGAAAUACCCACAUACCAGCGUCGCAGACACCAAAAGCUUUUCAGAAGUGAUAACGCCCUAACGAGGACACAGAAGCUUGAAACAUCGUCUGUUGCUCAUCCUUACAUUAAACGGGUACCUGCGACAAGUGAACACAGUCAAUUCAAAAUGGAAGUUGACCAAGAGACAACAUGGUUUGUCUAUCAGCAUGAAGUAAACGGAACAGUUAUACUCCCAGGAGCCUGCUAUGCAGAUAUCGGUUUUGAAAUUGGUAAAUUAGCGAAGAAGACUAAAGAUCAGUCUGCAGUGUCUGUAGAAUUUUUGCGUCCUGUGAAAAUAGAAGAUAGUAGAAAAACUCUUCUUCAGAUUUCUACUGUCAAACAAGAAGAGGAAGUGUUAUUUCACGUGAAACAUCAGAACGUGGUUACUUGUAAAGGUUGGGUGAAGCAAGUUUCUUCCGAAAGAGUAAGAAGAGGCAGUAUCGAUUUGGAAAGCCUACGAAUGUCCGUCUCUAGUGCGAAAACUGAAACCUUCGAAAGCGAAGAUAUAUACAGAAGGCUGCAGUCACUUGGAUUUAAACACGGAAAGUGUUUUCGUCUCAUGCUAAAUGCCGUUACAAACGGCAAGGAAAGUCUGUCAGAAAUGAAUGUUCCUAACAAUAUCUUAACCGAAGCAGACUCAACUGUAUUACAUCCAUGUAUACUUGACGUUAUGAUGCAGUCAACAAUAAACACAACCAAUGAAGACCUGAUGAGUACAAUACAAAAAGAACAGUUGACAUUUUUACCAGUAGCAAUAAACGAAAUAUACAGCUACAGAAAACCAGAAGAGAAAAUGAUCAUAUAUACGAAAAGAAUAAACACAACAAUAUUAGAGACCGUGUUUCAAGCCCACUACAACGCUCUCCUGUUAACACAAGAUGGUCUUCCUGUUGCAGAAAUUGUAAAUUACUGUACAUUCAGCCGUCGUCAUGGACACGCUGCGCCUUGCGAACUUAGCUAUGAGCUUCACUGGCACAAGCUUCAAGGGUAUGCAAAAGACAGCAAUCUAGCUUGCCCCAAAGUACUUCUUAUGGCAAAUGCUGAAUAUCAAAAAACUUCACUGGCUUUUGAAACUUUUAGAAAUAUCAUCGUUUCUCGGCAAAACAGGGAUUGUGACACAUACAGAACAUAUGUAAGGGAAUCAUUUGACAUCGCAAGACAGCGUUGGGGCUCUAUUAAACACGCAGAUGCUAUAGUGCUAUUGAUACAAGAAAAUUUUGUUGAACACAUUACUACAAAAGAAGGAGCAUCUGACCAAUACCAGCUGAUCAAAGGAAAUUGUCUCCUCCUGACGGAACUCGUCAAAUUCAAAACUAAAUCUGCCAUUCCUACCCCAUUAUACGUUGUUACACAAAAUACCCAACCAGCGUUGCCCAUACAGAAAGCAAGACAUAAUAUGAUAGGAGCAGAGUUGUGGGGCUUUGUUCGUUCUCUUCACUUGGAAUUUAUCCACGGUGAUAUAACUAUGGUCGAUUUGCAACCAAACCUGGAAGAGACAAGAAACAGCCUCGUCAACUUUAUAGCUGCAAGUCUUCAUCGUCUUUCGACGACAGUACCUGAUAUAAUAAUACAGUAUGACAACAUUUUAGGGGCACAGCUUAACAAGGUUAAACGUAGUGAACUGACACCAUCACUUAGAAGAGAAACAAGGCCAGCAGGAUCUUUUGCUAGUCCAUGUGACGUUAUCACCAAACAGUCUUCAGGAAGAGGCGACAAACAUCUUUGCAUUUCGGAGCCAGACAGACGAGAAUCAGAUAAAGUGUUUCACGUAAUAAGAGUAUCCGAAGUAGCCUUGCAUCCUAGUGAUAUUUUCCCCAGAACAACCAGCGAACUGAAAUCAGAGCAAGACAUUUGGCAAGACUCUCUUACGGAUGGACAUUCAGUUAUAGGCGUAGAAUAUACAGGUUACCCGAGAUCCACGAGCAAGAAAUGGGGUCCAGUUUGCAAGACAGGGGUAUCUCAAAAUGAUAUAGAAGGAAUGGAAGAUAUGUGGAAGGUGGUGGCAUUUUAUCCAACCCAGAUAAGAACAGAAACAUCAGUUCCUAAAGAAUGUAUUAUUCACUUGAAAGAUCUUCCGUUCUACAAACCCGGGUUAAUCACAUAUGCUAUGGUGUUUUGGAAGUUUGUAGAACAUGUUCCGUUCAGACAGAAUGUUUUUGUUUGCAAAGGCCGUUCCAAAGCAUUGCCAUACGCAAUUCUUGAAGAAAUGUUGAAAAGCUUGAAACAUUCAAGUAUAAUUAAUCCAGAAGAUAUAGAUCAAACACCAGUUGAUUUGGUUUUAACACUAACAAAGUUCGAAGAAAGUUUUGAACUACUGUGGAAAUGCAGCACAAUUGUGUGUUUGCAAAAUAACUUUCAGGAAUCAACUGGAACAACCUUAGCAAGAACCAACAAACACACCAUCAUCAAAAUUACAACAGAACAAUUAUUCGACAGGAAGUACAUUUCAAAAGUUCUACCAAAGGUCGUGUCAUGGUUACAAAGACACAGCAAAUUCGUGGAGACCUGCAUGUCACAACACGUGUCUAGAGCUGCUGUCAGAUCUUUUGAAACCUCCGAUGAUAUUACAUUUCCAUGCAACGUCAUUCAGCUUUAUAAAGAUUGUCGUUUGAAUAUUCCACUGAGACAUUCGCUCUCAAGUUUAUUUUCAAGACAGGGUUGUUACAUCGUUACCGGUGGCACGACAGGUCUCGGAUGGGAAACGGUAAAACUUCUGGCUGAAAUGGGAGCCGGAGUUGUAGCUCCAAUGUCCCGAAGAGCAGUCGCACGUGACAAGGCCGAGGAAGCCAACAGCCUUUCAAAGUCAACAGGAAGCAGUAUAGUUUUCUUGCAGUGUGAUGUUAACGACUUUAAGUCUGUUACUAAUGCGUUGCAGACACUGCAGGUCAAAGCACCCCAGUUCACUCUAAAAGGUGUCUUUCACUGCGCUGGAGUUUUACAAGACAAGCUGCUUAUGAACAUGGAUGAGACAAUAUUAGAAAAUGUACUUAAACCAAAGGUAUUGGGAACUCUCAAUAUGCACGUAGCAACCCGAGCAAACAAUCUGGAUUAUUUUGUUGUGUCUUCAUCAAUCAACCGUUUCGUUGGAUCUCCAGGACAAAGUAAUUACGGUGCGGCAAAUUCCUUUCAGGACGCUUGUAUGGAAUGGAGACGACGUUCAGGACUGCCAGGUCAGGCAAUAGAUUGGGGAGCGCUGAGUGUUGGUAUGGCUGCCAGAUCUGUGUUCAUUGAUAACUUCGCUAAACGUGGCUAUAGUCUGAUGACCGUUACCGAAAUACGCAGCUGUUACCAAGAGAUAUUGCUGAGAAACACGACCAGUGUUGUAUACAGCGAUAUAAACUGGGACGCAGCAGCUAAAGACUACCUCAACCCGCACAUGGUCAGACCAAGAAUUCGGAUGGAGUUACUCUUAGAUGAAUCCGUUUCCAAAAUUACAAGUGAUGAAAACGGGAACGAGGCAGCAGAUAUCUCGUUUGAUGUUCAAUCUCUGAAAAAUUCCGACACAGAAACGCAAAUGGUUUCUUUGGUAGGACUUCUCACACUUGUGGCGGGCAAAGUCAUCGGUGGUCCAGUCGGUCAGAUAUCCAAGACGUCGACGUUAUCGGAAAUGUCUUUUGAUUCAAUGUCAACCGUUACGUUCAUCAACGUAAUCCAGGAAAUGACGGGUUAUAGAAUUCCUCCGCGUUUCAUGUUAGACACAGGCCGUACAAUUUCAGACAUGGCAGAUCUGCUUCAAGAAAAGUUGUUUGUUACUGUACAUAAAGAAGAUACUAGAAAAAAAGAAUAAUGUUCCUCCUGGGACUGAUGAAAGUUAAUAUGUUAGUUAAUUUUGGACUUACUGCAUUGGUGGAUGAUUGUUAAAAAGUGCGCAAAGUAAUACUUACAAAAAAAAAAAAUUUGCUGUCUCGUUGCCUACUAGAUGCAAUCAUAAAGCUAAAUUCUGAUACAUAUCUAUGCCGAAUACACUCUCUGACUUUUGUAAUCAAAACAAUUCUUGUAAUGGCUAUGUUUUAUAUCAGUAUGUAUAAUAAUUAUACAGAGUUGAUUUUCAUAUUAUCAUAAAAUCUUAAAUGCUGUGAUACACAAAUGUUUAUACAUUUUGUACAAAGUAUCGACUUUCUUCACUGAUAUAUUUUGUGUAAAUAUGUGAUUGUCAACUACUAUCUGUUUGAAGUGAACGAGUAUGUAAGGCCAAAACGUGAUAUCAGCACAUAGUGUAUACUAAUAUAUUUGCUCAAUUGCAAAACAAUUCAUCUCAACGUUAACUAUUAUUAAACUUCGAGUAGUAAGCCAAGACUUACACUGUACGUUCUUUACGGUAUUUACCGUAGUUUUCCCGUGCAUUCACGACUCAGUUCCCGAAAUCGAAUUUUGAUCUCUUUCGAUACACCAGCCAUAAUUGGAACCAGUCAUCUAUUAGAAUAAUUGCCAGCAUUUGUCAUUACUGGUACCCAUUAACUGGUACCAUUUAACUGCUCGAUGGACUGAGGCACAUAUUGCAGUAGACACACCUAAAGUGACCUAACCGGGAUCUAAUGUCGCUCUUUUGCUGAUUUGAGUUGCCUAUAACAGGAAAUAUUAACGCCAUAGUAAACAGUUAUUAAAAAUCAGGUCAAGUUUACUUAAAGUAGAUACGUUGAUAAAAUUUAAACUUUGUAUUAAGUGUAGUCAUUUACUACAUUUAUGACAACACGAAAACAGUGAAACAGAAAAUCAGUGACUCUUUAAUCCGUUAUCUGGUCUCGUGCAAGGAAAGGAAAGAUAAUAAUGCAGAAUGAACAAAUAAUAAGUUUAAUUGAAAUUUAUUUUUCAGAAAUUUCGCUCGAAGUUAGAUAAUACACGGCAUAAAUAGAGCUUUUUAAAUUCAAUUUAUUUCUGAAUUGAAGAAUGUAUUGUAGAGAGCUUGGAAAUAUUGCGUUCACAAUAAAUGACGAAUAGAAGAGAAUGUUACGAAUAAAAUAUCAGUUUCUUAAAAUAAGUAACAUUCUUGCAGACAUGAAAUAAAUUGUGACUGUUAUCGUAUUAACAUGAUUGUAAAUCAUUUUGCGAAGUAUGAAAAACUAUGAAUAUGUAGAAUUAGUAUUAGUAAUUGUUGAAGAAGUUGACGGUGAUUUUCUUUCCUUCCAUAGGUGAAAAGACCAUCCAUGGGAAAAGCAAAAAGUGGUCUUUGUUGACAGGUGGUCUCUAUUCAUUGAUAAUGGUCUGACUGCUGUUAAAAAUCGAGGAAUUUUUAAGUUUUGUAAUUGUGGUCUUUAACGCAGGUGGUCUUUAACACAGGUUUGAUUGUAUAUAUGUCUAUAUAUUUCUACCUCGGCGUCUAUGUCAAAUAUCUAGAAAAGUUUUAUGUGACUGACAAUGAAUUUAAAAUAUAUACUAGCUUUUACAGUUGUCACAUGGAAUAACACAAGUGUAUGUGUGUCAGAUAAUGAAAUGACUUGUUCCGGACACAUAUGUCAAUGCCAUGUCAACCAAACAAAGUUCAAUGUAAAGAUGUGUUACUUGGAUUAUAUUAGUACCCCGGUAUCUCUCACUUUACAUGUAUGUAAGUUAAGGCCAAUAAAACUAUACGUGUGUGUUUCCAUUUCUUCAUUUAAAGGCUUAUUCUUAGGGCUCUCCAUUUCUUCAUUUAUAAUCGUAUUCAUAGAUAGUCAUAGAAAUGUUUUACUGAAAUGUAAAAAAAGGAAUGUUGUCAACAUGUUUUCACUAUUAAUUUUUGUUUUGUUUUUGUAUUAAAUGUGGAUAUAUAGUAAUUAUUAGACUGUAUUUAUUGUGAAACCUUUAAUUCAGUAUGUUAUAUUUGCACGUUUAAACACGUUUGUUUACUUCAAUGGAUAUAACAAUUUAUAUGUAAAACUUAGAUUUACUUGUGUUUUUUAUAUUUGAAUUUGUUUCAGUGAGAAACAUUAGUGAAUUAUCUUCCAUUUAAACUCUCUGAAACUACUUUGGACCUUUCAUUCGAUUACUCUGCUUUUAACUCUGUAGGGUAUACACUAAGUUUAAUUAUUUGCUGCUAUGAUAAUCAAAUCAAAAGGUCUGGCUGUAUAGCUCUAUUAUGUUAACAUUUUGAAACUCCUAAAAUUUAAUGAACAGAAAAGUGAAAAAAAUCAAAAAUAAUAACUUGAAUAUCUCCAUGAGACACAACAAUAAAGUCAGAGGAUUCCAACUAGAUAGGUUCAAUGCCUUGGUCUUUAACUGACAGGGGAGAUAAUAUUUUUUCACUUAUGUCUCUCAUUGGUUAGCUUUAAAUUUUGUAUAUUUUUACAUUUAUACACAGAACAAUAUUUCUAUUUGGUAACAAGAUUAUUAUAUUUUAAAUGUGUUACAGUCCACGUCUGAUAACUUCGCAGUGACUGUUUGGACAAGUCCAAGCCAGAAUAUUUAAGUACACAUACUGACUGGAGCCGGCUUAGAGCGUUAGACUCUUAUUGCCGAGUUGGUUCGAAUCCCAACGUGAUCAAUAUACCUUUUUUUUUUAGAUCUUUGUGUGUUUUUAAAUGUUUUGUUCUUUUUAUGUUUUAAUUACUGUUUUUUUUUUAUUUUAAUGAUGCUUUUUCGUUAUUUUUUGUGUUUCUGUUUGCAUAUAAGAUAUGACUUUUAGUAUGAAACUGAGUUGGGAUAAACAAUUUAUGCUAUUUGUAUACAUUUAAUGUGAAACUAAUAUGGCUUUAAUUUCUGGCUAAUUGGACGAAGUCUCAAUCAUGUUUGUGUGACGUCAUAGUUAUGACGUCUUAUGUUGUACUCAUGUUGUACUAGGUUUUCAUAGUUUUUUAUUCAGUAUAGAUCCAGAGGGCUAUCUUUAUAUGAAGAACUGUUAGACACAUGUAUGUUUUUUCAACAGAACUUUUGUUUUUGAUCAAAUACGUUUGUAUUUUCAGCAGUUACUUUAAAUUGCACUAGAUCAUGACAUAAUUGUUAUACCGAGCGAAAAGAAUGGAAAUGAAUAACACGUUCUCCUCGGUUUUAACCGUAGUAUUCUCGUGUGCUAAAAAUGCAUUAUGGCUCAUAGCUUGAAAUCGAAUUAUAACUGUCUUACAUUUCUGAAAAUAUUGGUUUUUUGUUUAUUAGUAUACUAGUUUAUUAGUAUAUGCCAAUACGAACUGCAUGUACGAUAUUUUAAAUAAAUUUUUACGACUUGA